ACAUUUCAUAUAUGCAAAAGUUCAACUUUCAUUUUCUUUAUAUAGAAAAUUAUUGGACAUGGCUAUUGAUUCUAACCAGGUGGGACGAAGAAAUUUUUUUUUACCUUUUCAAUGAAAAAGGAAUUUGUUUUCUAUUUUGUGUCAGCUACUUUAAGGCUUUAAAUUUUCGAAAAUCAAAGGCAAGAGUCAGAGUCCAUGAAAGGGCGAGCUUCUUUAGUUUUUUGCUCCAUUUUUCUUUCCAUCUUACUAAUUUCCACAGCAUUAGACACGAUCACUAUAGAUAAACCCAUUAGAGAUGGAGACACAAUUGUUUCAGCUGGUGGAGUUUAUGAACUUGGAAUUUUCAGCCCUGGAAAUUCCAAGAAUCGGUAUGUUGGCAUAUGGUAUAAGAAGAUAUCACCUAGAACUGUCGUCUGGGUUGCCAACAGAAACAUUCCACUGAAUGACACUUCAGGAGUGUUAACACUAAGACCCAAUGGAAUUCUUGUACUUAUCAACAGUUCCAAUUCUUCAAUUUGGUCAUCAAACUCGUCAAGAUCCUUAAAGAAUCCAAAAGCACGGCUCCUGGAUUCUGGGAACCUUGUUGUCAGUGAUGGAAAUGACAGAGAUCCAGAAAUGAAUUUCGCGUGGCAGAGUUUUGAUUAUCCAGGAAAUACUUUAUUACCUGGCAUGAAGCUUGGACGUAAUUUAGUCACGGGCAUGGAUUGGUACAUAUCGUCAUGGAAGAGCACUGAUGAUCCUGCUCCUGGUGAAUAUAUGGAACGUCUUGAUUCUAAUGGAUACCCGCAAUAUUUCGUGUGGAAAAAUUCGUCUAUAGCAUUUAGCACAGGGCCAUGGAAUGGUAUUGGAUUUAGUAGUAGUCCUAAAAUUAAACCAACUGUAUAUUACACUUUCGGGUUUGUCAUUAAUCAGCAGGAAAUUUACUUCAAAUAUGAGCUCAAUGAGCCCCUGCCCACCAGGAUUGUGAUCAACGAGGCUGGGCGGGUAGAUCAACUAACAUGGAUUGAGCGCAGUCACAGCUGGUUACUCUACGUGGCAACACAAUCUGAUACUUGUGAUCGUUUUGCUUUAUGUGGUCCUUAUGCAAGUUGCAACAUCAAUAACUCUCCUCCAUGUGACUGUUUACAAGGUUUUGAGCCUAGGUAUCCUAAUCAAUGGUAUGCAGCGGACUGGUCUAGUGGUUGUGUAAGGAGAACUUCUUUGGCUUGUAACCAAGAUGAUUUUCUUAAAAUGACGGGUAUUAAGAUGCCGGAUUCUAGGCAAUCCUGGUAUAAUCAGAGCAUGAACCUUGAAGAAUGCAAAAAAAUGUGCUUGGCUGAUUGCAAUUGUACAGCCUACUCAAAUCUUGAUGUUAGAAAUGGCGGAAGUGGAUGCUUACUAUGGUUUGGUGAACUCAUUGAUAUUAGAGAGGUGAGCCAGAAUGAUCAAAACCUGUUCGUGAGAGUCGCUGCUUCAGAAUUAGAUUCAGACAGGAAUAAGAGGAGAAAGAGUUCAGUCCUGAUUGCGAUCAUUUCAGCAGUGGUAGCAGCUUUUAUCCUCAGCUUUGUAGCUUGGUUUUCCUUCCAAAGAAAGAAUAGAAGAACAGAUAAAUAUACUAGAGGUGCAGAAGUUGGAAACGAAGACCCCGAGUUGCCAUUGUUUGAUUUAGUUACUGUUACUAGUGCCACUAAAAACUUCUCUUCUGCUAAUGUGAUUGGUGAGGGUGGCUUUGGACCAGUUUACAAGGGUAUCCUACCAAAUGGACAAGAGAUAGCAGUUAAGAGGCUAUCAAAGAAUUCUGGACAAGGCCUUCAAGAGUUAAAAAAUGAAAUCGUUCUCAUUUCCAAGCUGCAACACAGGAACCUUGUCAAGUUUUUGGGUUGCUGCCUUGAAGGAGAAGAAAGGAUGCUAAUUUAUGAAUUUAUGCCAAACACUAGCUUGGACUAUUUCAUUUUUGAUCAAAGCAGAAAAGCAUCACUUGCAUGGAAAAACCGCUUUGAAAUUGCAAUGGGAAUAUCUCGAGGUCUUCUUUAUCUUCACCAGGACUCAAGAUUUAGAAUUAUUCACAGAGACCUCAAGACCAGCAACAUUUUGUUAGAUAGCAACUUGAAUGCCAAAAUUUCUGAUUUCGGCCUUGCCAAAAGUUUUGGCGGAGAUCAAAUGGAAGGAAAAACUAAGAGAGUAAUAGGGACAUACGGAUAUAUGUCCCCAGAGUAUGCUGUUGAUGGGAAAUAUUCAGUAAAAUCAGAUGUAUUCAGUAUCGGCGUAAUCAUUCUAGAAAUAAUUAGUGGCAGAAGGAACAGGAAAUUUCAUCAUUUGGAACAUCAUCACAAUCUUUUGGGGCAUGCAUGGUUACUUUGGAAUGAAGGCAAAGCGUUGGAACUGAUGGACGAAUGUUUGGAAGAAUCAUUUUCAGAAUCUCAAGUGUUGAGAUGCAUUCAGGUUGGUUUGUUGUGCGUCCAAAAACUACCAGAGGAUAGGCCUACAAUGGCAUCAGUAGUUUUCUGGUUGGAAAAUGAAGGUCUGGUUCUUCCUCAACCAAAACAGCCUGGUUUUUUCAUAGAGAGGAAUUCAAUGGAACUAACAGAAUCAGCUGAGUUUAUCAGUUAAUUCUUUUGUAAUAUGGUCAAGCCCAUUGUGCAUCCAAUUUAAUCUCCUCAGUGCUCUCUGUUGGUCCAAUUAGCAGAGAAUCUUGGAGAUAUAGUAUAUCAAGAAUAUACACAUAUCUUAAUCAUUUCAUACUAUUGACUGGAUGUUAACAAGCUUCUAGGCUCCUAUAUAUCAUGACAUAAAAAUUUAGAGGUGUAAAAAUUAGCCAUGUUUAUGUAACUCGUUCAAUUCGAUGUUGGUGAACUGACAAUAAAGAAUAGGUCAAUUCCAAGUUGACCCACCAAAGGUUUUAGACUA